AUGGGAAGAAGCCUUGACAAGCACUGUGCUUACUAUAAUGAAGCUGGACAUCUGACUCAGGGGUGUAGAACCCUGAAGACACAUCUGGAAGACUUGGUAAGACAGGGCCGUUUAAGGGACAUGGUAGAUGAAGCCAGAAUAAGGGAAGGGCAGGCAAAACUGCCCCAGUCACCAACAGCACCACCCCCACCAACACCACAACCACAGGCAGGCGGACCUCGAGUGAUCAAUGUGAUUCACUCAAAGGUAAAUGAGAAUGAGAUAAGGGGGGAAACCCAAAAGGCAAAACACCUGCAACAUGUAUAUCAGGUCGGGAAAAAGAGACCUAGGGCAGGUGAGAGCCAAGGACCAGUGGUGUCCUUUACUGAGGAAGACCUGAAGAUAGUGCAGCAUCCACACAACGAUGCCUUGGCAAUAUCCCUCUAG